AGGUACGAAGUGUGUGAACAAAAUGUCUGAUAUAAAGCGAAUCGGUAUAAUUGGAGCAGGACUACAUGGUAUUUCAGCACUUCGACGGCUUUCCCAAAAUAAAGACUUCAAACUGAAAUGUUUUGAGAGAAAUUUUGAUUUAGGAGGAAUAUGGUUGUAUACAGAUCAAACAAAAGAAGACAUCUAUGGACGACCAAUUACCAGUCCCAUUUACCAUAAUCUAAGGACAGUUUCCCCAGGACCACUGAUGGAAAUUGACGAUCAUCCAUUAGAUAAAUAUGGGUUACCUUGCUUUAUGACUCAUCAGCAGGUUUUACAGUAUCUUAACGGAAUUGCUGAUGAUAGUGAUAUUAGGAAAUUUAUCAAGUUUAACACGGAGGUUAAAGAAGUCAGACCCAUUGAUUUGUCAGCAAAAGAUACAAAAUGGACAAUAACGUACGGUGACAUCAGAUAUAAAAAAGACAUUCACACAGAGGAAUUCGAUGCUGUUGUGGUGUGCAAUGGAAAUUGUUCAGUGCCAAAAUAUCCGGACGUAGAAAAUGAGGAGGAAUUUCAAGGACUUUUACUACAUAGUAUGUGGUACCGUAGACCAGAAAAUUUUGUAGACAUGAAGGUUGCCUUACUUGGCUGUCGGUAUACAGGGAUAGAUCUUUCCUUUGAGCUUACAAAGUUUGCUAAGAAAGUUUAUCUUUGUCAUAAAUGGACAAAAGCACCAACAAUUCUACCAGAUAACAUAAUAGAGAAACGUUCAUCGUUUAAGAGGUUCACUAAAUCAUCCAUCAUUCUAGAAAAUGGCGAAGAACUGGACGUCGAUGCUGUUAUCUAUUGCACUGGAUAUGUACAAGAGUUCAAAUUCUUACCUGAAGGAAUAGUCAAGAUCGGGAAAAAUGGCGACGUCAGUAAUUUCUUUAAAUACAUAUUUCCACCUGAGUGGCGCACACUGUUUUUCCUGGGGUUACCACGGCAGGUGUCUUUUUUCAAGAUGAGUGAUCAUGAAGCGCUAUUUGUUCGUUCGGUGUUAGAAAACAAAGCAAAAUUACCGAAUGAUGAAGAAAUGCGAAAGAUUAUUGAAUAUGACGGCGCAAAUCGACGAAUCACUUGCCACAAUCAGUUUGAUUGGGAUGAAGAACUUUCCCAGUACGCUGGUACUUUUCAACCGUAUCCACCAGUAAUGAAGAACAUGUGGGCACAAUAUUUUCAGUCUUGGUCAAAUGAUUAUAAAAACUGUAAGAACAUUACGUACAAAGUUCUUGGACACGAUUCAUUCAGCACAGAGUAAAAAUAUAUUUGUCCGAUAAUUCUUUCACUUCCUAUAAAGAAUAACGACAAUUAUACAUCGAAUAUUGUUACAAUAAUGUAAUGGUCAACCUUCCCGCUACUAAUACAUAAAACUGUCGUCUUAAAUAAACUAUUUUUCUCAAGAGACGUUUUAAUUUGACUUCUAUAAAUACUUCUAGAUCCCUUGUAUACUGGUCAUACAUUUGGUAAUUUAAUCUUCCCUCAGCUGAUUAAUCAGUAUUCUGAAGCAGAUCAACAUCAGUUACGUCAUCACUUUGCAAACACAGGUUACCAUGCAAAUUGUCUCCAAAUAGUCUUAAAUAUCGUGCAUGGAGUUAGAGGAAAGACAAUAAAUUUCAUGAAAUAAAACCAAACAUAGUAAAAACAGUUAAAGAAUAUAAUAUGUAUGAAAUAUCAAUGUGUUAUCUGUUUUGGUCAAGCUAAAAUAACCCACAAGUAUCUUUUAAUUAAUAGAAUUCAACCGCAAUGUAUCCCUUUUGAUUUCAAGUUUACCAUAAAACAUGUUUUAACUGAAUGUAUUUCUUUUUCCGAUAUUCGAAGGAAACAUUUCAAUGUAAAUAAUUUUUAUAAUCUAUCUGAUAUUAUCCCAGUUAAAACAAUUGUUUCAUUUUAAAUAGAAAUUGGUUUAUAUUCCAAAAUAUAAACAAAGUGUAUUAGUUUAAACUGAU